AUGGCUACGUCUAUACUUGGGGAAGAGCCACGCUUCGGGACCACGCCUUUGGCCAUGCUGGCCGCCACCUGCAACAAGAUCGGGAACACCAGCCCGCUGACCACCUUGCCGGAGUCGAGCGCCUUCGCCAAGGGCAGCUUCCACCCGUGGAAGCGCUCCACUUCCAGCUGCAACCUGGGCUCCAGCCUGUCCGGCUUCACGGUGGCCACGAGCCGCGGCUCGAGCGGGCUGGCCAGCGGCAGCGGCACAGCCAACAGCGCCUUCUGCCUGGCCUCCACGUCGCCCACGUCGUCGGCCUUCAGCAGCGACUACAGCGGCCUCUUCUCCAACUCGGCGGCGGCGGCGGCCGCGGCGGCCGGAGUUUCCCCCCAGGAAGCCGGCGGGCAGUCGGCGUUCAUCUCCAAAGUGCACAGCUCGGCGGCCGACAGCCUGUACCCUCGCGUGGGCAUGGCGCACCCCUACGAGUCGUGGUAUAAGUCCGGCUUCCACUCGACGCUGGCGGCGGGCGAGGUGGCCAACGGCGCGGCGUCGUCGUGGUGGGACGUGCACACCAACCCGGGCUCGUGGCUCGAAGUGCAAAACCCGGCAGGCGGCCUGCAGAGCCCGCUGCACUCGGGCGCCCCCCAGGCCUCCCUGCACUCGCAGCUGGGCACUUACAACCCGGCCGACUUCAGCUCCCUCACGCACUCGGCGUUCAGCUCCACGGGCCUGGGCUCGACGGCGGCGUCGCACCUGCUCUCCACUAGCCAGCACCUGCUCACGCAGGAGGGCUUCAAGCCCGUGCUCCCCUCGUACACGGACUCCAGCGCCGCGGUGGCGGCCGCCAGCGCCAUGAUUUCCGGCGCCGCGGCGGCCGCGGCAGCUGGGGGAGGCUCGGCGCGCUCCGCCCGGCGCUACUCGGGCAGGGCCACCUGCGACUGCCCCAACUGCCAGGAGGCCGAGCGUCUGGGGCCGGCGGGGGCGAGCCUGAGGCGCAAGGGCCUGCACAGCUGCCACAUCCCCGGCUGCGGGAAGGUGUACGGCAAGACGUCGCACCUCAAGGCGCACCUGCGCUGGCACACGGGCGAGCGGCCGUUCGUGUGCAACUGGCUCUUCUGCGGCAAGCGCUUCACGCGCUCCGACGAGCUGCAGAGGCACCUGCGGACUCACACGGGCGAGAAGCGCUUCGCGUGCCCGGUCUGCAACAAGCGCUUCAUGCGCAGCGACCACCUCAGCAAACACAUUAAGACGCACAACGGCGGAGGAGGGGGCAAAAAGGGCAGCGACAGCGACACGGACGCCAGCAACUUGGAGACGCCGCGCUCCGAGUCACCCGACCUCAUCCUGCACGAGGCGCGGGGCAAGGACUCCACAGCGGGGCCCAACGACUCGUAG